CAAGGUAACAGAAACAACAAUGGAUUUUUCAAAAAAAAAAAUUAAUUCAAUAAGUAAAUUAGGCGAGUUGAAAACUUCUAGCGAAGAUAGCUACAGAUACAGCGAUGAAAAUGGUAGCCAAGAUGGUGCCCAGGGGAGUGCUUCUCAUUCCUCAAGCAUUAUCAGCGAGUUCGCCCACCUUCGGCCUCGCGGUGGUCUGCAUGGCAAGGCAUACUGGCGCGACGUCAUUAACGAGGUGGAGUUUGCUGUACACUGCGUUUCGCAACCGCGUCUACCUGUCAUCGACUACUCCCUAGUCCUGCCACCACAUCUUUGUGAGCGCGUAAAGGAGAUCCAAGCCUACGAUUUCUCAACCUCAGACGAUGUUGUUUACAUUCGGGAAGAGAUGCGUCAAGAGCGUCCGCAUGAAUACCAGAUAGUCAGUGAGGAUAGCCGCGAAGAGGGGCAGGAAGGCGCCCCCCUUAUAACGGACCGAAAGAAAGUUGAGGAGCAUUUUAGCGAAAGCCAACACUCAGAUAUAGUUCGCAUGGACCAUGAGUUUGAGAAAUUUGACCUGAGACUAGAUGAGCCGGUAGGGCAUACCCAUCGUAGUGUCGAUAAGACCAGCUGGUACGCAAAAUUUUUGUGUGCCAGUCGUGAGGAACGUGUUUGCUGGCACUCCCGAGUAGAACGUUCCAAGACGGGCGAUUCGGCGUACACGCUUGACGAACAGGCAGAGAAUCUAAUGGAUGCGUCUGCUGAGCGGUUCAUUCACUGGCUCAAUUCUAUCGGCACAAUGGAUACAUCCAUGACGCCGGAGAAGGUUAAGAACUUAUUUUCAAUCAAAGGCGAUCGUACACUACUUGCGUCAGUCAAAACCGAUCCAAAGGAAGUCAACGCCAUAGCUCAGACAGUAGCCGACAAAUGGAACAAGCCUCAUAUGGCGAUUGAACUCAAAUACGAGAAACAUAUUAACGACCAUGCAAGCCGCGUGACACAAAAGCCGUUGCUUAGCGCUUUUGGACGCACUGUACCUCUCAAGGAUCGGCCUUGGAUUAAGCGCCCCGGGGAUAAGAUCAUCGAAACGGUUUACCCAAAUGAUCUUCUCACACGUGAGAAGAUUUUCAAAGGCAUUACCCAUCUUCGCAGCACCACUGCGCUUAUUGAUUUUUACUUAAACAAUCCAAAAUUGGCUCGGCCACUGUAUCUACUACAGGGUGGAGACUUCCAGGAAAUGAAAACCAGCGAAUCAGUCUUGGAGAUUCCACUCUACGAACAUCUAGGCCUGCGUUACUAACAGCAUCUUAUAUGCAAACUGAAUUUAACUUAUUUAUGAACGUUAUAGAAAGACAGUUGAGAAUGAAUAAAAUUUAGAGUUAAA